AUGACUGUGGGAAAGAUUUCGUUCCUAUCUCCGCAGAAUAGAGAAGUCACCGAAUUAGGGUUGCGUUUAAAGGAGGCUAGUGAAAAUGUCAGCACAAAUCAAUCGGGGCUGCAAGUUUCGGCAAAGAGGCCGAUAAUCAAGAAAGUACUUGAAGCAAUGGCCUCCGGGAUUGAUGUUUCGCCGUUAUUCGGUGACGUUGUCAAGGCAGCUUCGACAAAAGACCUGGCGCAGAAAAAGUUGGCGUAUAUGUACAUAGCAACGCAAGCUGAACGUAAUGCAGAGUUGGUAAUCUUGGCUGUUAACACUUUUCAAAAAGAUUUGCAAGACGAAAAUCCGUUGGUUCGAGGCCUGGCAUUACGCACUUUAUGUUCCAUGAGGCUUGCCGAUUAUGUAAAAUACAUGCUGGAGUCAUUGAGUCGGGCUUUAGGAGACUCGAGUCCUUACGUACGUAAGACUGCUUUAACCUCACUCAUCAAAGUGUUUCACCUUUCUCCCGAACACGUGAUGGGUAAGUGA